UAGUGUUAAACAUAAUUCUAUAAGAGGUUGCUUACUACGGUAUGUACGUAAGAGGAUACCCCGGACGCCUAGGUCUCUGCGAUGCUACCUUCUUUCUCUUUGUAUAAGCUGGGACAUACUGUAUAGUGCUCAGCAAUGGGUUCUCCUAUAACGGUGACCAAACGGGUUGAGCGCGUGCUUCCCUGUUGCCUCUUCUCGGUCACUUGUCUCGCCAGGCUUCUACGCUAUACGAGGGAGUACAUUUACGGCGCCGGCGCCCCAUCCCUCGACUUGCUCGCAGUGUCUCGACUGGAUAACCUGACGGCGGCAGAUCUGCUAGCACAUCUCGCGCAUUUCCUCGCACUAGGCAUUGGACCACCGAACGAGCGAAAGAUCUCCCAUAUUAUAGUUCCAAAAGCGGAGUGUAAGCCUUGGCUGCCGUCUAAGGAUGCUCCGUGAAAGAGGAUGAGUGAGUGAAUCCAAGCAAGGCUAGAGCUCGCGUCGUCGGACGGAAUAGUAUAGCAGCAGACGCAUAGACUCAUAGAGUUAGCCGCGUGGCUGUCAAGUUUUCCAUUGAGUGCUGUA